CAUAAUUUCCGAACGAAACAACAAAACGUCAAGUCCAUUAUCAAAAUUUUCUGUGUUGCAAAAAGGUUUUAACGAAGUUAUUUAUUUAUUUGUGUAAAAAACAUAAUAAACAUGGCUUUAAUAAGGUCGGCAAACUUUAAUUUAUUUAUUGAAAUUGUGGUUCGGAUAAUGCUAGUCACCACUUUUUGUUACAUGGAGACAAUGAUACCGUUCGUCCGUGUGGUGCAGAAGGCUGAGCUGGAGACGUACUACAUGUACCCUCGUGUGGACUCCUACGUGCCGGGCAGUGUCCUGUGGACCAUAGUGCUCGCUGUGCCGUGUCUCAUAUCUCUCAUGGCGUGGGCCUGGUAUAACGAUUGCAAUGAUGCUUUUGAGAUUCUGCUAUCAUGGUCUUUGGCUCUUGGCAUCAAUGGCGUGCUGACUGAUAUGGUCAAACUCAUUGUCGGCCGACCGCGUCCGGACUUCUACUACCGCUGCUUCCCUGACGGCGUGGAGCCCAAGGUGCUGGGCUGCACCGGAGACCUCGCUGACAUACUGGAGGGACGCAAGUCUUUCCCCAGUGGACAUAGCAGCCUGUCCUUCUGCUCGCUGGGCACGGCGUCGCUGUGGAUCUGCGGCCGCCUGGGCGUGCUCUCACGCCGGCGUGGCAGUGCCGUGCGCGUGAUGGCGUGUCUGCUGCCGCUGAUGGUGGCCACCUGCAUCGCGCUGUCCAGGAGCUGCGACUACCAUCAUCAUUGGGAAGAUAUCCUAGUCGGCUCGGUGUUAGGGUUCAGCGUGGCGACAUUCUGCUACCGUCAAUACUACAACCCGCUAUCAUCGGACCUAGCCGGGGUUCCUUACAUCGUCUCUUGCGUGAAUUCAGCGAAAUAUUUCAACGGGAAGCCUGACAGUCCCGUGAAAGAGAUAAAAGAAGAAGCCACCCCCCUUCUGGGGGCUAAGAAGGAUGAUAAGUGGAUCUAAGUAGGGGGUGAGUCUGGUAUUUAAGGAGUUUUCAAGCUUUUGGAGUGGAAAGAGAGAGAGAGAGUGAGAAAGAGUGUAGUGUUGUCUCUUUCGCACGUUGAAUGAAGGUUAAUUUAUUUUAUGUUAUGUUUGUAUAUUUAUUAUUUUGGUUUUAAAAUUGGUGGUAUUAUGCGUAAAACAAACUCGUACUUUGUUAGGUGUCACUUAAAACGUGAUAACCGGAAUGAGUUUUAAUGUACGCCUAUUUUUACUUAGGGUUCCUUAAAAUUAAGGUAUUAGAUACUCAAAAUACUUCUUAUUUAUUAAUCUCUGCCUACUC